AAACUACAGCCAUUAUACACUGAGGGGGAAACAAAAUCACCAUCUGAAUCACUAUCACUUCCUAUUUGUUCACUGUCACUGCUAUCGCAACUCUGCUCAAGCUCACUACUACUUGAAGAAUAAUGUUCAUCUCCACAACUACUACUACUGCUACUCUUCAAGUCACUGCUCUCACUGCUACUUUCAGCUUCAAAAUCAACAUUGUCUUCAGAACUGCUAUCUGAAUAUGCAAUAUGCUGUGCCCAAUCGUCUCUAGCAGCCAAGACAUUGUUUUCCUCCAGAUUGUUAGCUUGGAGAGACUCGUGAUUGCGAUCAGUGGCAAUGAAGACAAUCUGGCCAGACAUAUCAUCACAACUAUUUUGUGUGCUGAAACCAUCAUGAAGACUGUCAACAUUGUGAUUAGUCUCAUCCACCUCACUUUGUGAAUAAUAAUUAGAUGAACUGGGAACCUAAAAUGUAAGAUUAACUUGUGUAGAUUAUUGAUUGUUUUAAAAAUAACGGAUGUAAGUAGGAAAAUAGUGACACAUACCAUAUCAUUUAAGUUUUCAGAGAGAUUACUUUCACAAUGUUGAAACAAGAGCAUGUUGUUAUUUUGAGGCUGCUCGUACUGAUUUGUAACAGAAUUGUCUUGGAUAGUGACACGAUCUUCAAGACUUUCAGUAUCGUCAUCAUUCACAUCUUCCUGUGUGCGCAAACGUUUGGAUGAACUUGAAUCCUACAAAAACAAAGAAAGCCUCUCAUAGAAUGUAAGCGUUGUAAAAUACAAGAAGGGAAAAGAGCAUAUAAAAUGUACUGACUUACCCCCAAUGGUUCAAAGAACGUGUAUGGCUUCCGUUUACCAUACUUGGUUGGUGAUGUUGAAUUGACCUCAUCUCUUGAGGGUGAUGAGACGGGAAAGUCAGCAACGUAUGUUGGAGAAGAUGUGGGUUCUUGAAAGUAUACUGGAGAAGACGGAUUGCCUGGUGAUGAUAAAGGUGAUCGAUAAGGUGAGGACGCCGAGUGAAUCGAUUCGUUUCCAGAUAAAUCCAUGUCAAGUUCCUUGGCAGGUUAGUGUCGAAUUGUUGAAAACUGAGAAAAACAUCCACAUACAGCGAUUUGAAAAAAGAAAUGUCCACAUUAAGCACCCAUACGCGAUAGUAUUAAUAUUUACCCUUAUUCAUACGAAUUCCACAUUUUCACAGUCUUUUUUCAUUUUAAAGUUUGGACACAGCGAGUAUGUUUUUGUUGUAGAAAUAACCGAAAAUCUAGCAGCCGACCAUUAACUUCAUGUUGACCAGCACGAACAUGUAUGAUGUAUUUUGUUUUCUUCACGGAUUUAUGUACCGACGACUCCUUAUCGUCGAUACUUUACAGUUCAAAAUUAUAAACAGUAAUCCGUGCAAAAGUAAAUUAUUGGAUGACUCCUAAUGUGUUAUCUAUAAUAUGUGCUAGGCUUUAUUUGGUUGGCACUUGCUGUUUGUAGAAACGCUUCGCCAUUGUUCGUUGUUGGGGAGCUGCCGCUUGUAACGUAACUGCUUCAGCCUCAGCCUAGCCAUUUCCGGUUCCCAUUACCACUUCGUCCUCGCCUCGUUUCACGUCCGGGUCGUGUUAGCUUUAGCCUCCAUUGUGUAACAUUAUCCGAAUGAAUCAAGCAGAAUGUCGUCCUCCAAAUCAAAGAAGUAUUUUCUUGUAGAAUCAACUGAUGGAUUCACAUAUUGUGUUCCAUCGCGAGAUAUUCUUACCGCCGACAUUGCGACGGUUGAAGUCGACCAGACUGUCAACUUCAACUAUGGCACAAACUCGUCGAACCAGGGCACAGUUCUCCACAUUUCAAGUAAGGAAAGUACAAUUCUUGAAAAGAUGAGAAAGCUCAAGAAACAGAAGAAAGGUGUAAAGAAAGAGGCAAGCUUUCACGAGGAACUGCCUAGGAAAGCGGCACUGAAGCAGAGAGAGUUAAUGACCAAUCUGAUUCCAACAUCAUCCAAAGCGUCCUCCAGCGAAAAGGAAUGUAGUCUGAAAACUUUGAACGAGGGUGGCAAACUGACUAAACCUCAAGUAAGGAAAAUAAAGGCCGCUACAGAGAAAAAAAUUGACCAAGAGUUGCACUCAGGUGACGACGGACUUUAUGAUGACAACAGUUCAGACCGUACUGAAGUUAUGUCAUUGAAGUCUGACUCAUCUAUUGAUGCUGCGCAGGAGGGUUCUGUGGAGCUCAAUCAAACCAAGAAGCGAUGCUUGGGCGCUUUAAAAGAGAUAUCCCAGGACAAACAGGCAUUUUGCAUAGCAAAGGAUCCGUCUGACAUGUCCAUAGGACCAUUCCUUGCUGUCCAAAAGAAUGAAGAUACGAACACCAUGCAGUUCAUAAGGAGGUCAACUCCCGAGUCAGGUAAUACAGUGAGUGUUGCAACUCAAGAAGAGCACUCCAAAGUGGCUGGUCCCCCUGCUGAUGCUGCUAUCACGUCCAAUUCUGCUGUCAUGACACCUGCUGAAGAGAAUAAUGUGCCCAAUAAGCUUCCCUCAACUGCAGUUGAAUCAGCAAGUCCGGCCAAUUCUGGGAGUCAUGGUGAUAAGAAGCAAGAUUCGACGGAUCCUAUGGAGCGCCAGGAGACACAUCCUAUUUCAAACGAAGAUAGUGAUGAUGGGCCUUCCCGUAAACUGAAGAGAAACAAGAAGAGCAGACGAAAUAAGAAGUCUAAAAGAAGUAAAAAAAAUAAGAAAAACAAGAAGAGACGAAGAAGGCAAUCUUCAAGUAGUUCUGAUUCCAGCGAUGAUUCUGAUUCAAGCAGUUCCAGUGACUCGAGUAGUUCAUCAUCAACCUCCUCUGGUUCAACUUCGGGUUCUUCGUCUUCAGACUCUUCUGACUCUCAUUGUAAGAAGCGAAAGAGACAUGACUCAGAAGAGAGCUCUGAUGAAGGAAAGAGUCAUUCAAAGAAGAAAAAGGUCACAGAGACCUCAAGAAACCUGACUGUCUAUGAUGGUACCAAUUAUGUGUGUAGUGCCACAGAUCCUGGUGUUGUACUUCUUUCCGAAACUACUGAUGGAGUAUUUGUCAAAUCUGAUCAACUUGAGUGGGCUUUAGAGAAUGCUACCUCUCCCACGCACUUCAUCAGAGCGAUGCUUGAUAAAGUCUACACCAGUGAGGCUAUUCUGAAUUGCACAGCACAGGGAUUUCCUUCUCGUGGCUUUGGUAAAAAGAAGCUCAUGAAAAUGCAAACAAAGUGCCGGUUGCACCCAGAUGGGAGGAAGGCUCUGCUUGAACGUACAACGAAACUUGAGAACGACAGAAAGACCUGGCGGCCUAGGCAGGGCCUCCCAGCAUUUAAGCAGUCUUUUGCGGGUGCUAUGUGCAGCCUCCGCAAAGCCCUUCUUAAGAAGGCAAAGAAAGAGAAGGAAUUGGCGAAGAAGAUGAAGAAGAAGAUGAAGAAGGAAAAGAAUAAGAAGUCCAGGAGGAGGAAGUAGGAGUUAUGCAUUUUUUCUAUAUAUUCUUAGUUCUAAUUGUUGGACUGUAUUCUACUUGACUAUAUAUUCUGUAUUUCUUUAUCAAUAUGUGUUCUCAUUAUUCUUAUCAUAUAACUGUUCUAGUUUUUUUUUCUAAUCAUUUCUUAAUUUGACUGUGGUCAUCUGUGAUUUUAAUUUUAUCUACACUUUUUAGUUCUAUUCGAAUCUUAAUUGUUUUUACCAAAGUAUACCUUGCAUUUUAUGUGAUAAAAAUGUAAGACUUUACUUGCUCUGAUCUCAGUACGAUAGGGCAUUACUGUGAGUUUUGUAAAUAAUAUUCCUUUGUUUUCUAAUACGAAAAUACAAAGGAUGUAUCUCAAUUUUACUUCAGUAUACUUCACAUUUUAUAUGUGAUGAAACUGAGACUUGACUUGCUCUGACCUGAAGUCUGAUUAGAUAUUACGUAAUUGUGAGUUUGAUAAAUAAUAUUUCCUUGUUUUCUAUUGUUCCUUAAUUUCACUGAAGUAUACUUACGUUUUAUAUGUGAUAAAACUGAGACUUCAGUUGCUCAGACCUGAAGUUUGAUACGUACGAUAUUACAUAAUGUGAAUGUGAUAAAUAACGUUCCUUCUUUCUAGUGUGAAUUUUAUAAAUGUUCCUUGUUAUGUGAAUUUGAUAAAUGUUCCUCGUUUCUUAUGUGAAAAAAUAAAUGUUCCUAACAUCAAUUAUCUGCUUUGUAUUACUGUACGAAAGUGCUUCUUUGCCCAUCCAACUUUUAAAUGGAAUGAAUAAUUUGGUCAAAUACACACUAAUUAGGGAUAAUUAGCCCUAAUCAUAUGUUUAUUUAUGGUAUAUUAGUGGCAUGUUAAUAAGCUGUUGAAGUCUGUAAAUUUAUGUUAAUUUACCACAAAAAAUUCAAUUAACGUUUAUUAACUUCAACAACUGGUAAAUAAGUGGCAAAUUAAUUUUAACAAGAAUUUCUAUCCUUGGGAUGUAAUAUCCUCUUG